GGAGCGUUGCCCAGCGGGGCGCCUGGGCCGCCGCGAUCGCCCCUUCUCGGGGGACUUGGCUGAGGAGACCCGCCUGCGGGAGGAAGCCAGAGGAGCAGGACCUUCGUGAUCAAAAGUGCUGAAGAACUGAGCCCCUGGCCCACCCAGGCCACCAGGGGCCAGGAGGGGCCAUGGCAGGGUAUGGCUGUCUGGGGCUGGGGCUGUUCUGCUGGGUCCUGCUUGCAGUUCCCGUGGGCCCCCAGCCUGCCUCCUCUGUCCCAGGUGCCCAUCUCACCACUCUGACCCCACCACCUCAGAGUGAGGCCUCUAUGCUGUCUCUAAACCUGGGACUUAACUUCAAAUUCCACCUUUGGGGACCUGCUGCUGCUUGGGGGAGCCCUGUCACAGAGACCCAGGCACUUUCUCCCGGACCGAGCCGGGAGCCAGAGGAAGAGGUGGACAGUGGACUGAGGACUGACCCCUUUUGGGAACUGCUGGUGGGCUCUCUUAGCAACUCCCCCCCAGAGUGGGGCUCUGCUGAAGGCAGCUCUACCCCCUGGUCCUCCUCCCUGCCUCUGGAGUCCACAUCCCUCCUCUCUGGACCCACUGACCGGCCCACUGCUCCCUAUCAGCCCAGGAUGGGCACUGUGACCUGGGAUACUGCUCUGACAGCUAUAGCACCUCCAUCCAGUGCUCCCAGACUCCACCAGAGCGAGCUGGAGCUGAAGUUUGACAUGGCGCUGAGAGCAGGUGCAGCCCCCACGCUCGGGCAUCGAACGCUGCCCCUGCUGCCCAGCCUGCGGGCCAGCCUGGCAGAGAUUGCUGGGCGCCUGGGACCCUUUGGGUUCUUUGGCACUACCCUGUCCCCUCUCCGGAACUUAUCAGGCCCAAGCACCCCAAGCCCAAUUACAUCCCCAAGCUCUGCCUCCAGAGUUUCGGAUUCUCCAGGGUUCUUUGGCACCACUCUGUCCCCGCCCCCAUCCCCCCUGGAGAGAAAGCCCCCAAGUCCAAGGCCACUGGACGCAGCUGCUUCCCUAAGCCCUGCCUCAACUGCAACAGCCUCUCUAGACUCCACCACCUCCACCUCUGGCCUGGAUGACCCCUCUCCCGCCAGCCUUGGGAACCUUUCGGUGCAGCCAGAGUGUGGGCCAGGGUCCUGCAGCAUCAGAGAACUGCCUGAACGCGAGGGGCAGCCUCCUGCGGCCCCGCUGCCCCUCUUCUUCCUGACCCUGGAGGCCGACUGGGCAGAGGCCAAGGCUCGCUGGGGGCUGGCCUGGGAGGCCCACGUGUACGGGCGAUUACACCGUGGACUUCCGCCCGCCCUCCCCCAUCAACCUGCGGCGCAGCAUCGAGGAGGCCCUCUGCAGCGAGGCCCUGCUGGCGCCCGGCCUCUUCCAGGGCCCUGCCUUCGGGGAAGCCCUGCCUGGGCUCGGCCUCUUUCGCACCAUCUCGCUGGGAGCGCAGACCCGGGCCGGGCCCAAUGGGAGGUCUGAGGAGGCCCCUGGCUCCCCCGUGCCCCCCGAGCUCCCCUCUCCCGGAGCCUGGCCCGCGGGCAGCAGCGCCUCAUCAGGCUCGCUGUGCGGACUGUCGCGGGACAGCUCGUCCAUGCUGCUUUGCUCCAGCC